AUGCAAGAGAAGUCACUACAGCAGGCGAAUGCGGAGAACACUGCGGAGAACAUUGCGGAGAUAGUCAUCAGCAGCAGUAACACAACAGGCCUACUCUCCACGGUCUCACACCAAUCCACUCAGCCAGUGCAAGAGAAGUCAAUACAGCAGGCGAAUACGGAGAACACUGCGGAGAACAUUGCGGAGACAGUCAUCAGCAGCAGUAACACAACAGGCCUACUCUCCACGGUCUCACACCAAUCCACUCAGCCAAUGCAAGAGAAGUCACUACAGCAGGCGAAUGCGGACAACACUGCGGAGAACAUUGCGGAGAUAGUCAUCAGCAGCAGUAACACAACAGGCCUACUCUCCACGGUCUCACACCAAUCCACUCAGCCAGUGCAAGACAAGUCAAUACAGCAGGCGAAUGCGGAGAACACUGCGGAGAACAUUGCGGAGAUAGUCAUCAGCAGCAGUGACACAACAGGCCUACUCUCCACGGUCUCACACCAAUCCACUCAGCCAGUGCAAGAGAAGUCAAUACAGCAGGCGAAUGCGGAGAAUACUGCGGAGAAACCAAGCGGCAACAAGGCCCCCAGCACCAAGAACACGGCUCAGCUCUCUAAGAUCCCACGUCAAAUCAUCACUCAGCAAGCGGAGAACACCACUGCAACUUGGCCUGUCAUCCCCACUGCAUUAAUAUGGUACAUCACUGCAAUAACGUUACAAGAGGAGGAUCUACUGCGACGAUCACAGUCAAUUGGGCCUCUGUAG